AUGAUUCCGAGCCCAGAGAUCGCCUGGACGGUAGUGUUUCUCUACUUCUUCCGCUAUGGGUUCCACUUCCCUCCUUCCAAUGGAGAGCAGGGCUCUUGCACCAUUGUCGAGGCCUACCUAGACAUAAGAGCCGUCGACGACUUCACUCUGUCGGAGCUUCAUCGAAGAGAUCUGACAUCUGAAGGAGAGGAAGCUGAUGGUCUUUUCGCAGUGCUCUCACUGGAGGUGGCCGACAAGAAAACUAGGCCUCUUUUCAACGUAAUCCCCUCAUCCAACUGCUCGAGAGUCCUGGUCCCAUCGUGGAGAUGGAUCCCGAUGCUAGAGAAGGAUUAUGUCGGCAUUCCUGGCAGAAGGGCGGACGAUGCAUUCUUUAUCACUGCAGUUAAAGAAACACAAAAAUGGGGCGAGGGUGUACCAUCUCCAACAGGGCGGGAUAUAGAUGGUAAGUAUCUGGACGAGAACGGAAAUGCUUUAAAGAAAAUAUUUGACAAGUGGAAGCUAGAAUGGCCAGAAUAUGGUGUUACUGAGAUAAGAGCAGUGGUAACUGAUUUAGGUCCAGAAAAUAUUGUACAGAUUGUGACUGAUAACGGGUCCAACUAUAAGAAGGCAUGCCAGGUUUUGAGAAGGGAAUAUCCUGCUAUCGCGUGGCAGCCUUGUGUGGCACACACGAUAAAUUUAAUGUUGAAGUCGGUUGGCGAUUUUAGAGAACACGACAUUGUCAUCCAAAGUGCAAGGGCUAUAUCACGAUGGCUGUACAAUCAUUCGAAACUACAUGAAAUGAUGAAGGCAGCAAUUGGUGGAGAGUUGGUGAGGUGGAAUGCCACAAGAUUUGGAACUAACUACCUAUUUCUUGAUAGCUUUCUACGACGAAAGGACAGGUUCAUGCAAUGGAUGGCAUCUAGUGAGCUCCAGCAGUCUCGAUACAUUAGUUCUGAUAUUGGAAGAUAUGCACAUAGUUGCCUAUCCAGCUUACCAUGGUGGGACAAUCUAAAAAUGGUUGUUGAUUCCGUCCAGCCAUUGUAUGCAUUCCUCCGUUUUGCGGAUCAGGACAAAGUGCCAACAUUGAGUGAGGUGCUCCUGAGAUACACCAUUGUGAAGCAUGAGUAUGAAUCAUUGUAUAAGAAUGAUAGGGAUUCUUUGGAUAAGUACAUGGCAAUUGUCGAUCGUAGAAUGAAUGAUCUAGCCAAUGGGACAUACAUGAAUGCCGCGGCCGCUUUGAACCCCCGCACGCACUACGCGUAUGGCACAGGUCCAACCUUGUUCGAAGAUCUCCGUGAGGCAUUUGAGCGGCUGACUGAUGUUACUACUGCCGCGGAAGCACUUAUUGAGGCUGAAACGAUGAAUUUGAGUUUGUGUUUGGUAGGCUGCAUGAUGGAGUUCGCUGUUGCUGACGAGUGGGCCCAGCUCCACAACGCUGCAUCCAGCGAGCCUGGAUCGGAGCUACAACUGAUUCCAGCGCACGAGCGGAUGUAG